AUGCUGCAAUGCUGUCCCUGCCCCAGUGAAGGCAGUGCCUGGGACUGCACGGAAAGUCUGCUCCGCGUGGCCGAUGCCCAGAACCAGGAAAUCGUUUCUAGUUCAACACCUACCUUGAGCUGCAAAGGGCUGCAGCAAGGACGGAGACAGGGAGCGGGGAGGCUCGGCGGGCAGGCGAGGGCACGCCCAGCCCGGCCUGCUGGGUCUUGCUCCCUCGGGGAGGAGGAGGCGCAGCCUGCAGUUUUUAAGGGCCAGAGGUGGCCAAAGGCAGCUCUGAGACAGGAGGGCGGGGAGCAAACUCUGGAACGCGGGUUCACCGCCCACCUUGGCCUCUCCUUCGACCUCCCAUCGCGCGUCCGUAAGGGGCCGCCUCCAGCUCGUUCGGCGUCCCCAGGAGAACCGGGAAGAGCCCAGGUGAUAAGGCCACGCUUCCCUUGCCCUCCGGGCACAGGCAUUGCUCAGACCCUGGGGCGUGCAGGCUGGGAGACUCGCUUCCUGGCUGGAAGACUGCGUCUGCGAAGAUCCCGGAGCACGCAGCCAGGUGCAGAGAGACCGAGGCGACUCAACGCUGAAUCAGAGCGGGAUGUGAAUCCCCAGCAGGGUGAGGUGCAAGGACGGAAGAUCCCGGGAGACCCAAGGCUGGGACACGUCUGGGCCGUGUCUGCGGUGGCUCACCUCAGGCUCCCCACCCCGUCUGCUAGUCUCCUUCCUAUUGGAUUCGUGUCCAAAGAGAGCGAGGCCACCCAGGAAAGGAAGGGUCUCACUAUGUACCCCAGGAGCCCAAGAUUCAUCAUUAAAUUGUUUUUUUGA